UCUCUCCUCACUCAUGGACCCCAGGUUUUGGACAAGAGAAAUGGUGGCACUGGAGUGUUAUGACAGCGAGGGACCGCACACCCCUGAAAUGGACGACCCUGCUGAGGGGAAGAUGAAAGCCAAGAAGCCUCCGUGUGAGUCAGACUUUCAGACCAUCAAACUGAUCAGCAAUGGAGCAUAUGGGGCGGUGUACCUGGUGCGUCACCGUGAGACGCGCCAGCGCUUCGCCAUGAAGAAGAUCAACAAGCAGAACCUGAUCCUGCGGAACCAGAUCCAGCAGGCGUUCGUGGAGCGCGACAUCCUCACCUUCGCCGAGAACCCCUUCGUCGUCAGCAUGUUCUGCUCCUUCGAGACGCGGAGACACCUGUGCAUGGUCAUGGAGUACGUGGAGGGUGGAGACUGUGCCACCCUGCUGAAGAACAUUGGCGCUCUGCCCGUGGAGAUGGCACGCAUGUACUUCGCCGAGACCGUGCUGGCUCUCGAGUACCUGCACAACUACGGCAUCGUCCACAGGGACCUCAAACCAGACAAUCUCCUCAUCACAUCCAUGGGACACAUUAAGCUGACGGACUUUGGCCUGUCCAAGAUGGGGCUCAUGAACCUGACCACCAACCUCUACGAAGGUCACGUAGAGAAGGACACACGCGAGUUCCUCGACAAACAGGUGUGUGGGACCCCUGAGUACAUCGCCCCCGAGGUGAUCCUGCGUCAGGGCUAUGGGAAGCCUGUGGACUGGUGGGCCAUGGGCAUCAUCCUGUAUGAGUUCCUCAUCGGCCUCGUGCCCUUCUUUGGCGACACCACCGAGGAACUGUUUGGACAGGUCAUCACAGAUGACAUUGUGUGGCCUGAGGGAGAGGAGGCUCUGCCCGGGGAUGUCCAGGGUCUCAUAUCAGCACUGCUGCAGACCAACCCACUGACACGGCUGGGCACAGGAGGAGCCUUUGAGGUGAAGCAGCACUCGUUCUUCAGAGAGCUGGACUGGAACUCUCUCCUCAGGCAGAAAGCAGAGUUCAUCCCCCACCUGGAGUCCGAAGAGGACACUAGCUACUUUGACACGCGUUCGGAGCGUUAUCACCAUGGGAACUCCUACGAGGAGGACGACACCACAGAGGACGAGCCUGUGGAGAUCAGACAGUUCUCAUCCUGCUCGCCACGCUUCAGCAAGGUGUACAGUAGUAUGGAACACCUCACCCAGCUGGACACCAAGGCUCCGACAGUGACCCGUCGGGAGCGCAACGGUCGCCGUGACGAUAAGAUGGCGAAGCGGGAGAGUCUGGGCAGUUUCACUCUGAGGGAGAAGGGCUGGAGGACGGGAUCGCCCGAGAUGAAGCGUCUCUCCUGCACGGAGUCGCUGUACUCUGAGGGCGACUCGAGCCCUCCGCUAGGCGCGCGGCGGCGCUUCUCGGCCCUGCUGGACGCGCAGAGGUUGGCCUCUCCACUGGAGGGUGACGUGGAGUUCCUCUCCAGGCAGAGCACCAGCACAGGCACCAGGCCACGCGGAAUCUCAUUGGAGGCAGGGGUACCAGUCGCCAUGGCAAUGACCCAAACACCAGCCUCCAGCAGCAAAGAGGGAGGAGCUACUGCUACAGAACCCAAGCCAGGGGAUGUGACUCCAUCAGUGGGUCCUGCGGUGACAGGUGUGGUCCCCAAGGAGACUGUAACCAAGGACGCCAUCUCCACGGAUCCCCUGGCGCCACGGGCAACCAACGACCUGGUCCUGCGGCGGGCGAGGCAUCAGCAGCUCACCGGGGACGCUGACCGACGCAGCUCCCGCCCUAGCAACAAGGUCAUCAAGUCCGCCUCGGCAACCGCACUCUCAGUCAUGAUUCCUACAGUGGAACAGCAUGGAAGCUCUCCAUUGGCCAGUCCUAUGUCUCCCCGCUCGCUCUCGUCCAAUCCCUCGUCGCGGGACUCCUCCCCCUGCCGGGACUUCUGCCCUGCUGUCACUCUCCUGCGCUCACCAAUCACCAUCCAGCGCUCGGGCAAGAGAUACGGCUUCACGCUCCGCGCCAUACGCGUCUACAUGGGUGACAGUGACGUCUACAGCGUCCACCAUAUUGUCUGGCAUGUAGAGGAUGGUGGCCCCGCCCAAGAGGCAGGGCUUUGUGCUGGUGACCUCAUCACCCAUGUGAACGGGGAGUCAGUCCAUGGAUUGGUCCACACAGAAGUGGUAGAACUCAUUUUGAAGAGUGGCAAUAAAGUCACCGUGACAACCACCCCCUUUGAGAACACGUCCAUCAAGAUUGGCCCUGCUCGCCGUGCCAACCAGCAGUCCAAGAUGGCACGCAGGAGCAAGAAGACUCCGGGGAAGGAGGCACAGGACAGUAAGAAGCGCAGCUCUCUGUUCCGUAAGAUCACCAAGCAGUCCAACCUGCUCCACACCAGCCGCAGUCUGUCUUCCCUCACACGCUCGCUCUCAUCCAGCGAGAGUCUGCCGGCCUCACCCACACAUGGACUGGCACAGGGUAAACACACACGCAUACACACUUCCUCCCUCUCUCCUUCUCUCUCAGGCAUCUCGUCUCUGAGCACCUCCCCAGCCUCCAGCACGCCCAACUCCCCCGCCCCCGGGCGUCACAUGCGCCCCUCCUCCCUGCACGGCCUCUCUCCCAAGCUCCACCGCCAGUACCGCUCCGCGCGCUGCAAGUCGGCCGGGAACAUACCCCUGUCGCCCCUCGCCCACACCCCGUCACCCCCCCAGACCUCCUGCCCGGCGUCGUCCUCCGGAUCCCCCCCACCCCCACCAGGCGUCGCCACCCCACCCCUGCCUGGACACCAUGUGCCCGGGAGCAGCCACACCACCCAGGCCUUCCCACCAGCGAAGCUGCACCCGAGCUCGUCCUCCUCCUCGUCCCCGGUGAUGGUACGCCCGCGGCCGAAGAGCGCCGAGCCUCCGCGCUCUCCACUGCUGAAGCGCGUGCAGUCGGCCGAGCGACUGGCGUCCUCGCCGCUCUCCUCCUCGCCGCCCUCGGGGGCCGCGAUGAUGACCGGGUCGCCCUCGGCAACGACGGGGGGACACAGGAAGCACAGCCUGGAGCUGGGAGUUGUCGUCGGCGGCAUCGGAUUGGCCGAUUACAGGAAAGAGGGCGGGUUCCUGUGCGGGGAGCCGCCCCUGCAGAGCCUUCCGGAAACGGAGGCCGAGACGCUGGGCGUGCCCCCGUCGCCGCCGUCUCCGCCGAAGACGACGAUGACGAUGACCCCGUCGCUGCCGGAGACGGGCGUGCUCGUCAAGCCAAUGAGGAAGCUGGGCCGCCAAGAGUCUCCGCUGAGCCGAGAGGUGCUGUUCCGAGAGCGCGAGAGGGAGCGAGAGAGGGAACGCGAGAGGGAGAGGGGAAGGGACAGAGACAGAGAGAGAGAGAGAUCCUGGGACGCCACUCUGGGCAGGUCCGUGGCCAAGCUGGAGAGGACCACCCCAUCUGGAGCCGCGUCCAGCGACGCCCAGGCUGGAGGCGACAGCAAGCGCACGGACAGUAAGCCUGUAUCGGGGAACGGAAGAGCGAGCGAACCCCCUGGAACCACAACAUCCAAAACCGCCAUAUCCACCACUGAGGACACACGUAGUCCAGCCCAAUGCAAACUCAGCGACUCCUCGACAGCGAAGGCGCCCGUAAGCAAUGGUGCUGCCCUUGAGUCCAAGGCCACCCAACCUGCCAGUGCAUCUCUUUCUCCGCCUGCUGCAAGCACUACAGAUCCCAUAAUUCUCGGCAGUGUGGCAGUCACAACAGAUCCUGCUGCAAAGACUACAGAUCCCAGAAUUCUUAGCAGUGUGGCAGUCACAACAGAUCCUGGCUGUGACGCCAAAUUCCUACCAGCCUUCUGCAGCAAGCUGAGCCAGCCAGAGAAAGCAGCCAAACAGCUGCAGCCUCAGUUAGAUCGCGUUCAGGCUAAACCUGAUAGAAAGGACAUUCCAGAGAGUUCUAAGAUGGUUCCGCAGGCCCUUCCACCGGCGAGGAGUUCUGCAGGCUUAGAGACAUGCCUGGGUUCCGCACCUGCCAUUGUCUCAGAACCUUCUAGAAUCUCAAAAGCACCUGGUUUAGGUGAGGGAGUUUUGAGAAAGAAUGGCCUGAGCACCCCCGCUAGGCCUCCAGACCCUAGGCUGAGGGGCUCCAUAGCUGGUCCUGUGAAGGGGCUGCUCUCCGUGGGCUCCACCCAGGUCCAGGCCCCCGUCCUGGGGAAGAUGCGUCAGGAGAAGGGCCUGUCGGUGAACUGCUACCGGGGCACCCUGGACUGGGAAGAGAAGCGACUGCUGGAGGUGGUGGAGGAACAUUCCCCCUCCCCAACCCCAAGCCCCUCCCCCACCGCCACGCACACUCCCACCUCCAUCCAAUCACAGCCCGUCUCCCCCGGCGACCGGAGUGGCCCUGCCCAGCAGCCAACCGCCAAGAUGCCCUCCCCAGCUCCUCCUACUCCUCCUCCGGCUCCUCCUCCCGUCGGUCCCAAGAGCCCAGGGCCCAGGGACAGGGAGAGCCCCAAGACCAGUGAGGGGAAGCAGGCAGGCCCAGCAGGAAAGCCUGAGGCUGAGGCAAGAAGUAGGCCCGGACUCACAGUAGCCGCUUCCCCAGGGCUUGUUUCUCCUCCUCCUCAACCUCAGUUGGAUAAAAGCCCCAGCAUUCCAAAGUCCACGGCCUGAUGGUUUAAGGGUGUCAAGGGAUCAGUGGGUUGAGGGUCAUCAGGUUAGACCUUAAGGGAACCUUCAUGUCAUGAUUUAAAACUUACCAGAGCAUUCUGGCUGAGACGUUCUUGACGAUGAGGACACAUGCAGACUAUCUUUCUCUCUCCUUCUCUAUCUUUCUCUCUCCUUCUCUAUCUUUCUCUCGCUCUCUCUCUAGAAUCUGAUUCUGUUGCCAUGGUGAUUUAGGGCUGUCCUUUUUAAAGUGAAAUCUGUCAUACACACCUGAUCUAACUGGUACACACCAGGAAGGUGAAUAUGUAUGUACGAGUGUACCAGUGUGUGUGUGUGUGUGUGUGUGUUUGUGUGUGAGUGUGUGUGUAGAUUUGCUAAUGAAGUGCUUUAACAGAUCACCUGAAGCUGAAAACUGCAAAGACCAAAAUCCAAACUCCAAACGCCGACUGAAGACGAGUGUUGAUCCAGGUCUGCCUGCUGUUGGUUUGAAAUACUCUUUUCCUGAAGAUUCCGAGUAUGAUGAUGCACACUCUUCCUUAGCGCCUCGUGGAGUACGAUCGAAGAUGUGUGUGUGUGUGUGUGUGUGUGUGUUGGAGUGUGGAGUACGAUCACAGAUAUGUGUGUGUGUGUGUGUGUGUGUGUGAUCACAGAUGUGUGUCUGUGUGUGUGUGAUCACAAAUGUGUGUGUGUGUGUGUGUGUGUGGAGUACGAUCACAGAUGUGUGUGUGUGUGUGUGUGUGUGUGUGCGUGUGUGUGCGUGUGUGUGUGUGUGUGUGGAGUACAAUCACAGAUGUUAUAAAGCGCUAUAGUCCAACAUGUGUCAACUGCAGGAACUGGGGCCCAGCUGGAGGGGACGUUUAAAGGCACAGACUUU